UAUAAGACAGUGUGGUUUCCUCCGGUUCUUUCUCCCUGCAGCAUGGGGAAAAACAAACUACUUCAUCCAAGUCUGGUUCUCCUUCUCCUGGUCUUCCUGCCCACACAUGCCUCAGUCUCUGGAAAGCCACAUUAUAUGGUAUUGGUCCCCUCCCUGCUCCACUCUGGGACCCCUGAGAAGGGCUGCCUCCUUCUGAACCACCUGAAUGAGACAGUGACUGUAAGUGCUUCUUUGGAGUCUCUCAGGGAAAACAGGAGCCUCUUCACCGACUUGGUGGUGGAAAAGGACUUAUUCCAGUGCAUCUCCUUCACUGUCCCACAGACUUCAUCCAAUGAAGUAAUGUUCCUCACUGUACAAGUGAAAGGAGCAACUCAAGAAUUCAGGAAGAGAAGCACAGUGAUGAUCCAGAAGAAACAGAGUCUAAUCUUUGUCCAGACGGACAAACCCAUCUACAAACCAGGGCAGAUAGUGAAAUUUCGCAUUGUCUCAGUGGAUGAAAGUUUUCACCCUCUGAAUGAAUUGAUGACACUAGUAUACAUUCAGGAUCCCAAAGGAAAUCGCAUUGCACAAUGGCAGAGUCUCAAGUUGGAAAGUGGCCUCAAGCAACUGUCCUUCCCGCUCUCAUCUGAGCCCCUUCAGGGGACCUACUUGGUAGUGGUACGGACAGAAUCAGGUGAAAAAAAUCACCAGUUCACUGUGGAGGAAUUUGUGCUUCCCAAGUUCGAAGUACAAGUGACAAUGCCAAAGACAAUCACUAUCUUGGAAGAAGUGAUGAAUGUGUCAGUGUGUGGCCUAUAUACAUACGGGAAGCCUGUCCCAGGACAUAUGACCAUGAGGAUUUGCAGGAAGUAUAAUGAGCCUUCCCAUUGCUUUGGUGAAGAAUCGGAGGCAUUCUGCAUGAGAUUCAGUCAAAAGCUGAAUAGCCAGGGCUGUUUCUCUCAGCAAGUGAAAACCAAAUCCUUCCAGCUGAAGAGGCAAGAGUAUGAAAUGCGACUCAAAGCAGAGGCCAAGAUCCAAGAAGAAGGGACAGAUGUGGAAGAAACUGGAAGAGCAUCCACUGAAAUCACAAGAACCAUAACCAAACUCUCAUUUGUGAAAGUCGACUCAAACUUUAGACAUGGGAUCCCCUUUUCGGGGCAGGUGCGCCUACAGGAUGGGAAAGGUGUCCCCAUGCCAAAUCAGCUCAUCUUCAUCACAGCAAAUGAAGCUGACUAUCAGUCAAAUGCUACCACGGAUGAGCAUGGGCUCGUGCAGUUUUCCAUCAACACCACCAAAAUUACAGGCAACUCUCUUACUGUAAGGGUCAAGUAUAAAGAUCAUAGUCCCUGUUAUAGUGGUUAUAGAUGGCUGACAGAAGAAAAUGAAGAGGCACAACACACGGCCAGUGCUGUGUUCUCCCCAAGCAAGAGCUUUCUCCACGUCGAACCCAUGCCUGGUAAACUGCCGUGUGGCCAAACCCAGAUCAUCCAGGCACAUUAUAUUCUAAAUGGAUGGGUACUACAGGAGCAAAAGGAGCUUGUCUUCUAUUAUCUGAUAAUGGCAAAGGGAAACAUUGUCCGAACCGGGACUCACGUGUUGCCUGUGGAGCAGGGAGACUUGAAAGGCCACUUUUCUGUGUCACUCCCUGUGGACUCAGACUUGGCUCCCAUUGCCCGGUUGCUCAUCUUUGCCAUUUUACCUGAUGGAGAAAUGUUUGGGGAUUCUGCAAAAUAUGAUAUUGAAAAUUGUCUGGACAACAAGGUAAAUUUGAACUUCAGCCCAGCACAAACUCCAGCCUCACACAGCCAACUUCAAGUUUCUGCUUCUCCCCACUCCCUAUGUGCCCUGAGAGUAGUGGACCAAAGUGUGCUGCUCAUGAAGCCUGAAGCUGAGCUCUCUGCAUCCUCGGUUUAUGAACUGCUACCAAUAAAAGACCUCAGCGAUUUCCCUGGAGGUUUGAGUCUGGAAGAAGAGAAUGAGGAAUGUGUUGAUCACCAUAAUGUGUACAUUAAUGGAAUCCUAUAUUACCCAGUAUCAAAUACAAAUGAAAAAGAUAUGUAUAUGUUCCUACAGGGUAUGGGCUUAAAAGUAUUCACCAACUCAAAAAUUCGUAAACUGAAAGUUUGUACACCGCCUGAACGAUAUGAGGUGCACUAUGCAAGAUAUUCUGAACCAGUUGCACACCUUCACAAAAGCCAAAACCAUGAAGACCGAGUACUUGUUUCAGCAUCUCAAAAAGAGACUGUGCGAAAGUAUUUCCCUGAGACGUGGAUCUGGAACUUGGUGGCGGUGGACUCAUCAGGUGUGACUGAAUUAGGAGUAACUGUCCCUGACACCAUCACUGAGUGGAAGGCAGGGGCUUUCUGCCUGUCCAAUGACACUGGACUUGGUUUCUCUCCCACUGUCUCCUUCCGAGCCUUCCAGCCCUUCUUUGUGGAGCUCACAAUGCCGUACUCUGUGAUCCGUGGAGAGGCCUUCACCCUCAAGGCCACUGUGUUGAACUACCUUCCCGAAUGCAUCCGGGUCAGUGUGCAACUGGAAGCUUCUCCCGCAUUCCUUUCUGUCCCAGUGGAGAGUGAACAGGGCUCUCACUGCAUCUGUGGGAAUGGGCGUCACACUUUGUCCUGGGCAGUAACCCCAAAGACAUUAGGAAAUGUGAAUUUCACUGUGAGUGCAGAGGCACUGAAGUCUCAAGAACCAUGUGGCACUGAAGUGGCUGUGGUCCCUGAACAUGGAAAGAAAGACACAAUUAUUAAGCCCCUGUUGGUUGAACCUGAAGGACUAGAGAAGGAAGUAACAUCCAACUCCCUGCUUUGUCUAUCAGGUGCUGAGGUAUCAGAACAAUUAUUGUUGAAGCUGCCACCAAAUGUGGUAGAAGAAUCUGCCCGAGCUUCUAUCUCAGUUUUGGGAGACAUACUAGCCUCUGCCAUGCAAAACACACAAAAUCUCCUCAAGAUGCCUUAUGGCUGUGGAGAGCAGAACAUGGUUCUCUUUGCUCCCAACAUCUAUGUUCUGGAUUAUCUAAAUGAAACACAGCAGCUGACUAAUGAAAUCAAGUCCAAGGCCAUUGGCUAUCUCAACACUGGUUACCAAAGACAAUUAAAUUACAAGCACCAUGAUGGCUCCUACAGUACCUUUGGAGAGAAGCAUGGCAGGAGCCAGGGCAAUACUUGGCUUACAGCCUUUGUACUGAAGACUUUUGCCCAAGCUCGAAGAUAUAUCUAUAUUGAUGAAGAACACAUUACCCAAGCCCUCCUCUGGCUCUCCCAGAAGCAGAAGGACAAUGGCUGUUUCAGGAGCUCUGGGUCACUGCUCAACAAUGCCAUAAAGGGAGGAGUAGAAGAUGAAGUGACCCUCUCUGCCUAUAUCACCAUUGCCCUUCUGGAGAUUCCACUCUCAGUCACUCAUCCUGUCGUCCGCAAUGCCCUGUUUUGCCUGGAAUCAGCCUGGAAGUCAGCAAAGGAAGGAGCCCAUGGCAGCCAUGUCUACACCAAGGCCCUGUUGGCCUAUGCAUUUUCCCUGGCAGGGAACCAGGACAAGAGGAAAGAAAUAAUGAAAUCACUUGAUGAAGAAGCUGUGAAAGAAGGUAACUCUGUCCACUGGACACGACCGCAGAAACCCAGGGUACCAGUGGGUCUCUUGUUCCAACCCCAGGCUUCCUCUGCUGAGGUGGAGAUGACAGCUUAUGUACUCCUCGCUUACCUCACCACUCAGCCAGCACCAACCUCAGAGGACCUAACAUUUUCAGCAAACAUUGUCAGGUGGAUCACAAAGCAACAGAAUUCCCAUGGCGGUUUCUCUUCCACCCAGGACACUGUGGUGGCUCUCCAUGCGUUGUCCAAAUAUGGAGCAGCUACUUUUACAAGGACUGGGAAAGCUGUCCAGGUGACCAUCCAGUCCUCAGGGACAUUUUCCAAAGAAUUCCAAGUGAACAACAACAACCGCCUGUUACUCCAGCGGGUCUCCUUGGAAAGGGUACCUGGGGAAUACAGCAUUAAAGCCACAGGAGAAGGCUGUGUCUACCUGCAGACAUCCUUGAAAUACAAUAUUCUCCCAAAAAAAGAAGAGUUCCCAUUUGCUUUAGAAGUACAGACUCUGCCUCAAACUUGUGAUGGACAUAAAGCCCGCACCAGCUUCCAGAUCUCACUGAAUAUCAGUUACAUUGGAAGUCGUUCUGCUUCCAACAUGGCCAUUGCUGAUGUGAAGAUGGUAUCUGGCUUCAUCCCCCUGAAACCAACAGUGAAAAUGCUUGAAGGAUCUGACCACGUGAGCCGGACUGAAGUCAGCAACAACCAUGUCUUGAUUUACCUGAAUAAGGUGUCAAAUCAGAUACUGAGCUUAUCUUUUACGGUUCUACAAGAUAUUCCAGUAAGAGAUCUGAAACCAGCCAUAGUGAAAGUCUAUGAUUACUAUGAGACAGAUGAGUUUGCAAUUGCUGAGUACAGUGCUCCUUGCAGCAAAGAGCAUGAAAAUGCUUAAGGAACAUGUUUGACUGGAGUCCCUGUUCUCAGAACUUCACAAGCAAAAAACUGUUUUUGUAUCUAUUAAAGAUUUCAUCAAUAAAUCUUUUUUCUU